AUGAAAUCUGAUGUAACAGGUACAUUAAUCUUCUUAUUUUAAGUACCAGCUAUGCCUAUCUGUAAAGCAUAAGAGCUAUAUUAGAAUAAUAAUCUAAGAUCAGGCCAUUGGACACCUGCAGAACACUAACUCUACCUUGAUUUUCUUCAUUAGUCUUAAGAUUUGAUUGAAUCAUCUCAAAAUAACAAAGGAUAAAGAUUAUUCAAAAAAAUGAGUUAAGUAAUUGCUACAAGAAGUCCAAGUUAAUGCAGGUAUAAUAUUUCAAAACCUAUUACAACAACAGAUCACACCACUAAAAGUUCAAUCCAUUUAAUGUUUAAAUGAUAAAAAGAAAAAAAAAUAGUAAAUUAUCUAAGCCAAACAAAGAAAUGCAAAAUUAAAUAAGAAGUAAAUAAUAUUUCCGAAAAUUAUUUGCCUCUCUUAAAGAUCAUAGUUCCGAAUCUAUAUCAGAAGAGGAGCUAUAGAAUAAUAUUUAAUGA